ACGUAGGCGGUGGCGGCGGCGGCGGCGGCGGCGGUAGCGGUUACUAGGCGGCCGGCGGCGGACCAUGGCCCUGGCCGGGCGUUUCUGGCCUCUGCUCACAGAGUUCUAGGGCAGCAUCGCGGAGUGGGCAGAUAUCCGGGAAGGGACUGACAGGCGACUGAGCUGUGGCCGGCGCGCUUAGCGCCCCGAACAUGCGGCAGUCCCUGCGGGCGACCCCGGGCUGCGGAGAGGCGGCGGCGGCGGCGGCGGCGGCUCGGGAGGGAAGGAGGCGGCGGCGCCGGCGGAGGUGGCGGCGGGGCCGACCGGCACCCUGCGCGGAGCCCUAAAGAGGCUGCUUCGCGCGGCCUGGGGCCUCGUCGACAAGGAUGCUGUCCCGAAAGAAGACCAAAAACGAAGUGUCCAAGCCCGCCGAGGUGCAGGGCAAGUACGUGAAGAAGGAGACGUCGCCUCUGCUGCGGAAUCUCAUGCCUUCAUUUAUUCGACACGGUCCAACAAUUCCAAGACGAACUGAUAUCUGUUUGCCAGAAUCAAGCCCAAAUGCCUUUUCAGCUUCUGGUGAUGGAAUAGUUUCAAGAAACCAGAGUUUUCUUAGAACUCCAAUUCAAAGAACACCUCAUGAAAUAAUGAGAAGAGAAAGCAACAGAUUAUCUGCACCUUCUUAUCUUGCCAGGAGUCUAGCAGAUGUCCCUAGGGAGUAUGGAUCUUCUCAGUCAUUUUUAACAGAAGUUAAUUUUGCUGUUGAAAAUGGAGACUCUGGUUCCCGAUAUUAUUAUUCAGAUAAUUAUUUUGAUGGUCAGAGAAGGCGCCCACUUGGAGAUCGUGUACAUGAAGACUAUAGAUAUUAUGAAUACAACCACGAUCUCUUCCAAAGAAUGCCACAGAAUCAGGGGAGGCAUGCCUCAGGAAUUGGGAGAGUUGCUGCUACAUCUUUAGGAAAUUUAACUAACCAUGGUUCUGAAGAUUUACCUCUUCCUCCUGGCUGGUCUGUGGACUGGACAAUGAGAGGGAGAAAAUAUUAUAUAGAUCACAACACAAAUACAACUCAUUGGAGCCAUCCUCUUGAGCGAGAAGGACUUCCUCCAGGAUGGGAGCGAGUUGAGUCAUCAGAAUUUGGAACCUAUUACGUGGAUCACACAAAUAAGAAGGCUCAAUAUAGGCAUCCUUGUGCUCCUAGUGUACCUCGGUAUGAUCAGCCCCCUCCUGUCACAUAUCAACCACAGCAAACUGAAAGAAAUCAGUCCCUGCUGGUACCUGCAAAUCCGUACCAUACUGCAGAAAUUCCUGACUGGCUUCAGGUAUAUGCUCGAGCUCCUGUGAAAUAUGACCACAUUCUCAAGUGGGAACUCUUCCAACUGGCUGACCUGGAUACAUACCAGGGAAUGCUAAAGUUGCUUUUCAUGAAAGAACUGGAACAGAUUGUUAAAAUGUAUGAAGCCUACAGACAGGCUCUGCUCACAGAGUUGGAAAACCGCAAGCAGAGACAGCAGUGGUAUGCUCAACAACAUGGCAAGAAUUUUUAAGUUAAAUUUUUUUUAAAUAAAAUUUAGGUUUUUGUAAGGGCUUUAAAAUAUUUUCACAGAUAAAAAACUGCAAACAAGUACUUUGGUUAAUAAAGGCAACUUUUUUGGAAAUGAUAAAAUUCUAAUUUUACAUGUAUUUUGUUAUUAAAAAUAUUAUUUUAUUGAGCAAAAAAAUGUUUAUCAUUUAAAAGCCAACACAGCAAACACUUCUAAAACGCUAUAUAUUAGAAACUGCUUUGAAUAUUCUCAGUGGAGACAAAUGCAGCAAGAAAUGUGAUUAUAACCAGAGAGUAAAUAGGAAAUGAUCACUUGGUAAACUCAUACAGCAGCAGUACAUUUCUUUAAAAAACAACCUAUGCAGUAUUUGAAAACAGAUGUGUACUGCUUUAAUGUGGAAUAUUGUCUGAAAUCAGAUGGUUUAAAUAUUAUUAUUGCAUAGUUUAAAAUGCAAAAUAGGAUUUGGGACCUUAAUUGUGAUAUAUUUCUAUAUAUAAUGCAUAGGGUUCACCUCCUCCCAAAAUGGAAAGAAAGAACCCUUUUAAAACAUGGUAAGAAUGUAUUUUUUGGUAUGAAAGGGUAAAAGGCCUGUAAUCUUUUAGUAAUAAAUUUAGGCAUAAGGCCUUAGGCUGUAUGGGAAAGGUGUAUACAGCACUCAGAGUUGCUAUCAUUUCCUUACUUUUGACCAGGGCCCUUGGAGCAUUUAGGAGCAUGGCUCUGAUGAGACAGUGCAGGGUUCCGGACAGCAUAUAGCACACUGCCAUCUCAACAGACUGGGUUGAGCUGCCAAAAAUGACAAUCAGGGACCCGUCAAGAAAUCUUGGUCAUUAAAUUGAUUUCACGUAUCUUCUAAGAGUUUGUCACAGAACUUUAAGAUCACCAUUUCCCUCCCAGGUUUUUUUCCUUUUAAUACUUACUAAGAUAUUGUUCAUAAUUAGUGCAGUACAUUUGACUACAGAUAAAUUUAUGGCACUUUUAGCCUAUAAAUCUCUAGAAUUCUGUGAAUUUCAACAUUAGUUGAAGUAGCUCUUCAGUUAUAUUUACCUGUGUUGUAAAUAUGUAAAUAUAUGUUUAGGUAAUCUUCCAAAAUAGAGCACUCCCAGUUACCAGUGAGUUUGAAUUGAUAAAAUGUUGAAAAUGUUAAAUGUUUGGUUUUAUAUAACAAGCUUAUUAAAUAUAUUUUUGUGGAAAUUAAA